GUAAUGAUUUUUGGGUCCAUACCAGAUCCUAGCAGAAUUUAUAUUUGGAAGAUGUAACAAGACAUUAUUCAUGCUGGUUUAGAAAUUUUCACCGAAAUCCGAAUUUUAUGAAAUGGAAGCUGUUGAUAUUUCAUUAACAUGUCACCUCAUUUCCUGUUUUCGCCGAGUUUAUUCGGUCCAACACGACACUUGAGAGUCACUCGCAAACUUUCAUCUUCACUCCUCGCAUAACGAUAUUGAUGUGCUAAAUAAAGACUCAGCGACUAGAUGUCUUUGCUAUUUUAUACAUGGUUAAUCUUCUGUGGUAUGUCGCUAUUGGCGUUUGAAGAUUGUCGAGGUUUUUUUAUGCGGCAAAGUAGUGCGCCUAGAAAGUGUAUAACAAGAAGGAAUGGUCUGAUAUACAAUGACCCUAGUCAUGCACUUCCUUACUGGGUUAUAUUGAAAGACAACUGCUUGGAUGAUAAAGCACAGUUUCGUUACAACGAUACAGAAAUAUUGUGGCAUAUCGAAUCUGGGGGAGCGUUGAAUUCUGCUACGUCUAGCACGUAUAGGAAUCUUUUUUCGAUAUAUGUAGCAAUAUCACCAGUAGCAAAGAACACUCAGAUCAAAAGUAGACAAAAUUUUAAACAAACAGACGCUGGAUCUUUAUAUUUCUACAAUGACCGGAGAUGUGGUGAGCCUUAUAGAGAUUAUGUGUAUAGAAGAACAUAUUGCGACAGAUCAAGCCAGAAAUUUACAUUUGGUUCAGUGACGCAGUUCGGCGACAAAAUGAAAGAUGUUAAUUGUUCUCCAAUACAACGUAUGGUGAUCCACAAAGCUUAUUAUGGCAAUUUCAACAAUAGCGGUAGAUUUAACAGCAGUGCCUACAGUGAUGCACAAUGCACUGCAGUAACAAGUUGUAGGUUGAAAUCUCUUUGUGGUGGAAAGAAAUCUUGUGAACUGAAUGUUGACAAUAAUUUACUAUUACCAAACCUCUGUUCUAACACAAGGAAAGAACUUUAUACCGAAUACACUUGUGUGGAUAACUAUACAAACCCCAUAACAACAGUUUCAGGACUUCAAAUUAGAUUAUCAAGCGGCUACAGAGGCUACCUCUACAUAUACGAAAAAACAUGGGUGGAAGUAUCUGAAGAAAAUUUGGAUGAAAACAGUGAGAGGUGGAUAUGUCAACAUUUAGGAUUUCAAGACCGUCUCACAAAUGGAAUUAGUUUUAGGAAUGCUUCUGAUAAAGAGAGUAUCGUAGCUGGUGACUUGGUUUGUUAUAACAUUACGUCCGGAGGAACAUCAUGUUGUGUUUAUCUUCAACCAAAAACAGCCACCUCAGCUGAUAAAAUACCAUAUGUUGAAUGUAAGAUUUGUGACAAUCAGUUGCUAAACGACAACAGUAGUUUUCCUGAUAACAUAUUUGGUGGCAAUGGAGGUAAUAGUUUUCACAAAGCAAGGUUUACUAAAGGUGGUUGGUGUUCUUCGACGCCUGGCUCAUAUCUAACCAUCGACCUUCCGAAAGAAUAUCACAUAACACGAGUUAUGGUCAUGGGUGAUAAAGAUCAGACAAAGUGGAGUGGAUCAUAUUCAUUGAAAUACAGUCAUGAUGAGAGUUUGGGUGAUAGCAGUCGUGCAGUACAGAUUUUAGGAAACACGAAUGGUUACCAAGCAUCGACUACCGACGUUGAUAUUUAUAAUGUGAGAUUCGUAAAAAUAUCAACUGAUGACACAGAUUUCUGUCUUAGAAUAGAAAUGUGCGGAGUGGUUCAACGUCCAGGUUCCGUGUUCGAUGUUCGAAUUAAUCCUUCCAAGAAUUCAGCACUAGUGACUUGGAAAUUACCAACUUCCUCCAGCUCAAGUUAUAUAAAAAAUCUCAAAAUAUAUUUGCACGGAAUUCGAAGGUAUCUCUUAUCCGUUCCACGAGGAAAUGAGUAUAAUAUCAGUAAUCUUCAGCCAUAUACUGUCUAUCAAGUUGGAAUUGAAGCCGUAGACGAUUAUCGUCAGAGAAGCAGAGCAGUAUACAAAAGAUUUAGGACAAAAGAAGCAGCUCCCAGUGGACGCCCUUAUAAUGUUAAACUCGCAGCCCGCAGUCAAACCUCAUUGAAUAUAACCUGGACGGCUCCUCAUAAAAGAACAUGGAAUGCUGAGAAGCUGACUGGAUUUAAAGUUUGCCAUUAUAUUCAUGAAAAUAAAAAUAGUCUGACAUGCAUUUCCGUCACGUCAUCCGCCACCACGGCAUGGUCAUAUACGUAUACUAUAAAUAGACUUCAAUCUUCUACUAAGUACUUCGUGACAGUCUCGGCUGCUACAGUUGGCGGUGUUGGCCCAAAAAGUACAACAGUCAGUGGAAUAACAGAUGGAGGGCCUGUUAAACUUCUCGAAGAUACCUCCUCAACUCUAAGGAUAAACAUUGAGAAACAAGAAGAUUAUAUGAAAAGCGUAAUCAUCAUUGUAAAAAUUGACUCAGGAGAAACGACACCGGUUGAAAACAUCAAAACCAACUCUCUCAGAUCUUACGGGUCUACACGCUAUGACAAACCUUAUAUCACUGCCUAUUUGAAAGCUGAUGUUCUACCCAUGAUGUUUGUAAUCGGCGAUGGCAAAGAAUAUAAUUCUAAAACAGAAAAAUAUUUGAACCAACCGUUAAGAAACAAUACAAGAUAUGUCGCGUUUCUAAGAUUUUUUGAAAACGAGGACUAUAACAUGUACAAUGAAUACUAUUCGACGGCUUGGAGCAAAAGUGUUAAGACUUCAAAACCCACAGUGCAAUCUCUGGCUUCUGUGCAAAAUAUUGUUGCUAAACCAUCAAAUUCCUCUGUUCAUCUCUCAUGGAGAAUACCAUCAACUGUGACAUCCACUUUCAUCACACAUUUUGUCAUUUACCUAAACGGUACAGAAAUCAGUAGAAUAUCGCGCGCAUAUUAUGCAAAUCAAUACAUUCUUCGAGACCUCAAGCCCUACACCAAUUAUGUUGUUGGGAUAAAGGCACAGCAUGGUGUUUCAAUGAACAAUCAGCCAAUAGUUUACCAACACUUCAAGACCACAGAAGCUGUUCCAAGCGGACCUCCACGAAAUGUUACAAAUCAAUCCCGUAGUGAGAAUUCACUUCAAAUUUCUUGGAAAGCUCCUAAAAAAAUCUUUUGGAAUGGCGAACUGACGGGUUACCAGAUUUGCUAUUCUACGAAAGAAAAAGAUAAACGGCCGAAAUGCUUGAACAUGAAAAGUUUGUCGGACCUGUUGUACACAAUCCCUAAUCUUCAACCAUUAACCAAAUACUUUGUUACAGUCUCAGCUGGUACCAGAGUUGGUUAUGGAAACAAGAGCCUGGAAAUCAACGAAAUGACCAAUGCAGAGCCUGUGAGUUUUGUUGUGAUGUCCCACUUAGAUCUUAAGUUAACCAUAUCCAAACCAGCGUCGAAUAUACGAGAAGUAAUGGUUAUCGUUAAAAAAGGCACCAGUAGUUUAACAUCAAGCAAAAAUAUCGAAAUGAGAAAACUCGGGCCUCAUCGGGAAAACACUCAAGAUCUUUAUGUCGCUGCUUAUUUAAAGACUGAGGAUCUUCCUUUGCUGUUCGUGAUUGGCGAUGGCAAAGAAUAUAAUUCCAAAACAGAGAAAUACGUCAACCAACCUUUGAGAACCAAUUCAAGUUAUAUCGUGUUUCUGAGAUAUUUUGAAAAUAAGGAUUUGUAUUACUCAACAGACUGGAGCAGCAGUUUUAAAACUAUGGGGAAAACCGCAGAUGGCUUGAAGAGGAAAAAAUCUCAAAAUUCCACUGAGAAUGAAACACGUGUUGAGCUUCUCAUACCGCUGGUUAUUUUGGCUUUAUGUUUUCUUGUUUCACUGGGUGUUAUUGUUUAUCAACGUCGUCUGAUUCAAAACAACAAAAGAAAAGCGAACCAAGGCCAUGAAACGACCAUGAUGUCGGAUUUCGGUCCGGAAACCCGCAAAGGGGCAAAGUAUGGUCAAGAACCAGAUACGCCCAUAAAUGAUGAGGGAGUAUACGAGACUACAGAUGAUGUUAUAGAUGAAAUUGAGCGAAAUGAGGGUGUACGUGGAGCAGACAAAGGACAAGAAUCAUCGGAUUACAUGUCGUUGAAAGACAACAAAGAACCAGCCAACGUUUACCAGGCAUUGCAACCCUCAACCAGCGAUGAUGUUCGGUAUCAUAUCAGUAAGGAGGGUGGUCAAUCAAUGGAAUGUCAAAAUCCUUCCUUCUAAUGAAGAUUUGAAAUGGUGAUCGAUUUUUGGACGGUCAUGAACGAAGGGUAGUUUCAGACGAAUUUCAAUAGAUACAAUGUAUAGUUAAUUCAGUACUAAUCAUAUAAUGCAGUCGGUUGAGGAAAGCUUACAAAAACAUUUGAAGUUGUAUAAUUGUUUAAAACGUGCAAUGUAAAGAGAAAGGGUGCAAAUCUGUCUUGAAAAGCGUGAACUGGAUGGAUCAAGUUGUAGGAAUAGUUUUCUUAACAGAACGUUUUAUUGUGGAAAAAAAAGUGAGGGUGAGGGGGCAUGUCCCUUCCGUCCCCCAAGGCCCAAGGAUUUCCGCCCCCUGGCGAAGAGGCUCAAUUCUGAUACUGAAAAAGAUAUGGCGAAUGACUUGUAUCACAUUUUGGCAAAUAUACUGCCGGUAACAACAACAAAACUGUUAGACUAUAGAUAUGCACGAUAUAUUCCUCAAGUGCUGCAAUGAUAAUACGAAAUA